AUUAACGGUUGUGCCGAGGUGGGUGGCAAAAAUCGGCCCGACUGCGGUAUCCCAGUCUAGGAGGUGUCCGGUUUCGCUGAUUGACGCAACCUUCGCGUUUUCGACCCGCGGAUCCUUCCAAUUGCUCGAUUUUCUCAUAUUUCUGACAUCUCGCGAUGAGCCGGCGGCAAAGUUUUGUCGGUAACCAGAUCCAGGAUCAAGUCUGUCAUUUUACUCCACCAAUUCACUCCUAUCAGCCUGAUUCUGUCACUAAACACGGUCAUUAUUUGGCUAACGGAGUAAAACAAAACAGCAAAACUUUGGAGUAAAUCAAUACUGAAAGUGGACGGUUUGGCGGGGCGACGCUGGCGGCAUCUCGCCUUCAAACCUUCCUACUUUUGGACAAAUUUCAGCCAAUUGGUCAGGAUUUGGCUACUAAAUUUGAAAAUAUCCCGACAUGUGGGACUCCACAAUUUUUUUAAGCUCUCUCACUCCUAAAUUUUACGUUGCUUUAACAGGAACGUCAUCACUGAUUUCAGGACUUAUACUGUUAUUCGAAUGGUGGUAUUUUCGAAAAUACGGUGCAUCAUUUAUAGAACAAGUCUCCCUUAACCACAUAUCACCAUGGAUCGGUGGAACUGAAACUAACACAGAUACAGCCAACAUUCCAAGCAUCACUAUUACUCCUACACAACAAAAUGUGCCAGAGUGCAAAGUAUGGAGGAAUCCAUUAAAUCUGUUUAGAGGUGCAGAAUACCAGAGAUUUUUUUGGGUCUCCAAAAAAGAACCUUUAACAUAUUAUGACAUGAAUUUGUCAGCACAAGACCACCAAACAUUUUUUACAUGUGAGGCCGACGCCGGUAGAGCCGAAUAUGAAAUAAUGCAAACUGCAUGGCGGGAAAGAAACCCAUCAGCUCGUGUGAAAGCUGCACACGACGCUUUAGAGAAAAAUAGUGAGUGUGCUCCUGCUUAUAUUUUGCUAGCAGAAGAAGAAGCGACAACAAUAUUACAAGUAGAAUCAGUAUUAAAACAAGCUUUAAUUUAUGCGGAAGCUAGUGUUCAAAACUCGACGAAUGAAGCCAUGCACCGGAGAGAUACUAAUGUUCUUAUUUAUAUAAAAAGGAGACUGGCAAUGUGUUCACGUAAAUUAGGGAGACUAAAGGAAGCUGCUAAGAUGUUCAGGGAUCUGACAAAGGAAGUCCCUCCUAUAAUGAAUGUUUUAAACAUUCAUGAAAAUUUAAUUGAAGUCCUUUUAGAAAUGGAAGCCUAUGCUGAUGUUCAAGGUGUUCUGGCAAAAUACGAUGACAUUAGCUUGCCUAAGUCCGCCACAAUAUGCUACACAGCAGCACUUUUAAAAGCUAGGGUUGUAGCCGAUAAGUUUUCUCCUGAAGUGGCUAGCAAAAGAGGAUUAACACCUGCAGAGUUAACAGCAGUUGAAGCAAUUCACAGAGCUGUUGAAUUCAACCCUCAUGUCCCAAAGUACCUUUUAGAAAUGAAACCUCUAAUCCUUCCUCCGGAACAUGUAUUAAAAAGGGGUGAUUCAGAAGCAAUCGCUUAUGCUUUUUUUCAUGUCAACCAUUGGAAAAAGGUCGAAGGGGCUUUAAAUCUUUUACAUUGUACCUGGGAGGGAACAUUCAGGAUGCUUCCUUACCCCCUCGAAAGGGGCCAUCUAUUUUAUCCUUAUCCAACAUGCACUGAAUGUGCAGACAGAGAGCUUUUACCAGCAUUUCAUGAUGUGAGCGUUUAUCCGAAAAAAGAGCUUCCAUUCUUUAUACUUUUUACUGCAGGCCUAUGUUCUUUUACUGCUCUAUUGGCACUUUUAACUCAUCAAUAUCCGGAACCGAUGGGUGUUUUUGCAAAAGCGAUAGUCAGCGGUUUAUCAAUGCCAUUUUAUUACCUCCUAGAUAAAAUGCAAGUGAUUCUGCCCUCGAAUAUUCUUCUUCAGUUGUCCCGUAUUUAGCAAGGAUUCACAUUUGGAGGAGAUUUCAUCUGUUCGCCGCAAGAUUUAAAGAUCAGGACUUCUUUAACAAAUGACAAAAUGUACAAAAAUAAAGAUUUUAAUUUAUAUA